AUGGAGGCUGCCGUAGAACAAACCACCACCGUUGCCGCUGCUGGUGCUGACGAUGCUGACGGUGGUGCAGGUGGUCCUAAGGAUAUCACCAACAUCGCUAAAGGCAAGCGUACCAAACGUCAAAGGCCACAAUCCCCAAUUCUUUUUACAUUUUCAUCCACCAACAAUAAUGAUGAUCAUCGUUUAACGUAUUCUCCGGCGUCUUCUUCUGGUUUUCCGGCGGGUAGCACCACCACGGAAGAUGAAGAUACCGCCAGGUCCCUAAUCCUCCUCUCAAAAGGCCAGUCGUCCAAGAAAAACAAAGACGAUAAUUAUGACGGAAUGUUCAAGUUUAAUAGCAAAAAGUAUAUUCAAACGCCGGCCACCGGAAACGCCGGAGUUUUUGUUUACGAAUGCAAAACAUGCAGCCGGACUUUUCCUUCGUUUCAAGCUCUCGGAGGCCAUAGAGCCAGCCACAAAAAGCCUAAAAAUAACGAAGACAUUCGUAAACCGCCACCCUACACGGUGGUUCCCGACAACAAUGAACCACCAUCACCAGAAUUCUCAUUGAGGAAUACCAAUUUUUCAUCUUCCUUUUCUCUUCAAUUGAACAACCGGGUUUCAUUGAUCGGAAACACCAGCAAGCCCUCCUCCAAGCUUCACGAAUGCUCGAUUUGUGGCACCGAAUUUAAUUCUGGACAAGCCUUGGGGGGUCACAUGAGACGACACCGGGUGGCGGGUGGUGGCAAUAAAGGCGGAAACAGUAACGGCACAAACACCACCACCUUAUCUUUGAUUCCUUUCAGUCCGGUGACCACGGCGGAGGUGUAUGAUGAUGAUCAGAAGUCAAAGAAUAUUGAUGAUGCAUUGUGUUUGGGUUUGGGUUUGGAUCUGAACCUUCCGGCACCACGAGAAGCCACCACAGCUGCCGCCGAUUACGAUCAACGUAAAAACCGGAGCUUUACAUUUUCACCGACGGGGGAAAAUGAGAAGAAACCUCAACCGGCCGUUCGUUUAUCCGCCGCCCCAACAUUGGUGGAUUGUCACUACUAA